CGUGAAGCCGUAGGGGGAGGAUCCCCUCGCCCCGAGGCCGCAACGGCGGAGCCCCGCCCCGGGGAGGGCCGCAGCGUCCGCCCGACGCCGGAAGGGGCGGUUCCAGCCCCGUUAUGCCCUCGGCCGUGCGCGGGGGGCGGUUGCUGCUGGGGGUGUCCCCGCGCCGGUACCGGCCCCACUUCGCCGAGCGGCUGCGGCUCUUCGAGCGGCUGAAAGCGGACCGCGAGCAGCGGGAUGGGGGCGGCGAUGGAAGCGGCGAUGGAAGCGGCCCCGCAGCGGGGACCCCCAUCCGCAUCGCGCUGCCCGGGGGCCGCCUCCUGCCCGGCCGGGCUCUGCGGAGCACCCCGCGCCACGUGGCCGAGCAGCUGGGGCGCCGCUCGGCGGUGGUGGCCCGAGUGAACGGGGCUCUGUGGGACCUGGAGCGGCCCCUGGAGAACGACGCGGAGCUGGAGCUGCUCGACUUCACCGCUCCGGAGGGCCGCGCCGCUUUCUGGCAGUCCAGCGCCUUCGUCCUGGGAGCAGCGGUGGAGCAGUUCUACGGAGCCACGAUUUGCAGUACCGCUGCCACCGAGGAUGGCUUCUUCUGCGACGCCCACAUGGGUGACAGGACGGUGCAGCGCAGCGAGCUGCCGGUGCUGGAGGAUGCCUGCAUGGCCUUCGCCCGCACCCAGCACUGCUUCGAGCGCCUCGAGGCCACACGCGAGGAGCUGGCGGAGCUCUUCAAGCACAACAGCUUCCAGCUGCAGCGAAUUGAGGAGGUGACGUCCUCAACAGCCACUGUCUAUAGGUGCGGCCCAUUGCUCCAGCUCUGCCGCGGUCCCCUCCUCCCGCACACGGGGCUGAUUGGGGCACUGCGCAUCCUGACGAGCUCGGCCGCGUUCUGGCAGGGGCCCUCGGGCCGCCUCUCCUUGCAGCGCGUCGCCGCCAUCGCCUUCCCCAGCACGCAGGAGCUGGAGGCCUGGCAGCAGGCGCAGGACGCGGCUGCGCUCCGUGACCAUCGUCGCAUCGGGAGGGAACAGGAACUCUUCUUCUUCCACACCCUGAGCCCUGGCAGCUGCUUCUUCCUGCCCCGUGGUGCCCACAUCUACAACACCCUCAUUGACUUCAUCAGGAGCGAGUACCAGGCGAGGGGCUUCAGUGAGGUGGUGACCCCCAACAUCUUCAGCCCACGCCUCUGGGAGCUCUCGGGGCACUGGCAGCACUACAGCGCCCACAUGUUCUCCUUCGCCGCCGGCACCGAGACGCUCUCACUCAAACCCAUGAACUGCCCGGCCCACUGCCUGAUGUUCGCCCACCGGCCGCGAUCGUGGCGGGAGCUGCCGCUGCGCCUGGCUGACUUCGGGGUGCUGCACCGCAACGAGCCCCCCGGCUCCCUGACGGGGCUGACGCGGGUGCGGCGCUUCCAGCAGGACGACGCACACAUCUUCUGUGCGCUGGAGCAGCUGGAGGCAGAGAUCGGCGCCUGCCUGGACUUCGUGCGCUCCGUCUACGCCGUGCUGGGUUUCUCCUUCCAAAUGGCGCUGGCCACGCGCCCCGAUGGCUUCCUGGGGGAUGCUGCGACCUGGGACCGCGCCGAGCAGCAGUUGGAGAGGAGCCUCCAAGAUUUUGGGGAGCCCUGGGAGCUGAGUCAGGGGGACGGCGCUUUUUAUGGCCCCAAGAUCGAUAUCCGGAUCCAGGAUGCACUGGGGCGGCAUCACCAGUGUGGCACCAUCCAGCUGGAUUUCCAGAUGCCCGAGAGGUUUGGGCUGGAGUAUGCCAGUGCAGCUGGAGGGACGGCCCGGCCGGUGCUGAUCCACCGCGCGGUGCUGGGCUCCGUCGAGCGCAUGGUGGCCGUGCUGGCUGAGAGCUGCGGCGGCAAAUGGCCGCUCUGGCUCUCCCCGCUGCAGGCGAUGGUGAUCCCGCAGGCACCUGACGCUGAGGGCUAUGCCCGCGAGGUCCAUGCCAUGCUGCGGCAGGACGGUGUGAUGGCCGACCUGGACGCCGAUGCGAGUGCCACACUGGGGAGGAAGAUCCGCCGGGCACAGCUCACCCACUACAACUUCCAGCUGG